GCAGCUCGUCGCCGCCCGCGGGCCUGUCCGACGCCGGGGCCCGGCCCGUCCCCUCCGCCGCCCGGCAGCCAUGUGACCGCGCCGCCGCCCUCCGCGCGCCCGGCCCGCCCGCCGCGCGUCCGCGGCCCGGCCGCAGCCCCAGGCCGCCGAGGGAGCGGCGGGGCCGGCGCCAUGGCCGAGCGAGGCCGCCUCGGCCUCCCCGGCGCGCCCGGCGCGCUCAACACGCCCGUGCCCAUGAACCUGUUCGCCACCUGGGAGGUGGACGGCUCCAGCCCCAGCUGCGUGCCCAGGUUGUGCAGCCUGACUCUGAAGAAGCUGGUGGUCUUCAAGGAGCUGGAGAAGGAGCUGAUCUCCGUGGUGAUCGCUGUCAAGAUGCAGGGCUCCAAACGAAUCCUGCGGUCCCAUGAGAUUGUGCUGCCCCCCAGUGGACAAGUGGAGACAGACCUGGCCCUGACCUUCUCCUUGCAGUAUCCUCACUUCUUGAAGAGGGAAGGCAACAAGCUUCAGAUCAUGCUGCAGCGCAGAAAGCGCUACAAGAACAGAACCAUCCUGGGCUACAAGACGCUGGCCGCGGGCUCCAUCAGCAUGGCUGAGGUGAUGCAACACCCGUCUGAAGGUGGCCAGGUGCUGAGCCUCUGCAGCAGCAUCAAGGAGGCCCCCGUCAAGGCGGCCGAGAUCUGGAUCGCCUCCCUGUCCAGCCAGCCCAUUGACCACGAAGACAGCGCCAUGCAGGCCGGCCCCAAGGCCAAGUCCACGGAUAACUACUCUGAGGAGGAGUAUGAGAGCUUCUCCUCUGAGCAGGAGGCCAGUGACGACGCCGUGCAGGGGCAGGACUUGGACGAGGACGACUUUGACGUGGGGAAGCCGAAGAAGCAGCGGAGAUCGGUUGUGAGAACGACGUCCAUGACCAGGCAACAGAACUUCAAGCAGAAAGUGGUAGCGCUGCUGCGGAGGUUCAAAGUGUCCGACGAGGUCCUGGACUCGGAGCAGGACCCUGCGGAGCACAUCCCCGAGGCAGAGGAGGACCUGGACCUCCUGUAUGACACGCUGGACAUGGAGCACCCCAGCGACAGCGGCCCCGACAUGGAGGAUGACGACAGCGUCCUCAGCACCCCCAAGCCGAAGCUGCGGCCAUACUUUGAAGGCCUGUCGCACUCGAGCUCGCAGACGGAGAUUGGGAGCAUCCACAGUGCCCGCAGCCACAAGGAGCCCCCAAGCCCGGCUGACGUGCCCGAGAAGACGCGGUCCCUGGGAGGCAGGCAGCCGAGCGACAGUGUCUCUGACACGGUGGCCCUCGGUGCGCCAGGCCCGAGGGAGCACCCUGGACAGCCUGAGGACAGCCCCGAGGCUGAGGCCUCCACCCUGGAUGUGUUCAUGGAGAGGCUGCCGCCCAGCGGGAGGAUCACCAAGACAGAGUCCCUUGUCAUCCCCUCCACCAGGUCCGAGGGGAAGCAGGCUGGCCGACGGGGCCGGAGCACAUCCUUGAAGGAGCGGCAGGCAGCACGGCCCCAGAAUGAGCGGGCCAACAGCCUGGACAACGAGCGCUGCCCGGACGCCCGGAGCCAGCUACAGAUCCCCAGGAAGACUGUGUAUGACCAGCUCAACCACAUCCUCAUCUCCGAUGACCAGCUUCCCGAAAACAUCAUCCUCGUCAACACCUCGGACUGGCAGGGGCAGUUCCUCUCCGACGUCCUGCAGAGGCACACGCUCCCCGUGGUGUGCACGUGCUCUCCUGCGGAUGUCCAGGCGGCCUUCAGCACCAUCGUCUCACGGAUACAGAGAUACUGCAACUGCAAUUCCCAGCCCCCGACCCCCGUGAAGAUCGCCGUGGCGGGAGCGCAGCAUUACCUCAGUGCCAUCCUGCGGCUCUUUGUGGAGCAGCUGUCCCACAAGACACCCGACUGGCUCGGCUACAUGCGCUUCCUGGUCAUCCCGCUGGGCUCCCACCCCGUGGCCAGGUACCUAGGCUCCGUGGACUACCGCUACAACAACUUCUUCCAGGACCUGGCCUGGAGAGACCUGUUCAACAAGCUGGAGGCCCAGAGUGCGGUACAGGACACGCCAGACAUUGUGUCACGCAUCACGCAGUACAUCGCAGGGGCCAACUGUGCCCACCAGCUCCCCAUCGCAGAGGCCAUGCUGACCUACAAGCAGAAGAGCCCUGACGAAGAGUCCUCCCAAAAGUUCAUUCCCUUUGUCGGGGUUGUGAAGGUUGGAAUUGUGGAGCCAUCCUCGGCCACAUCAGGCGACUCGGACGACGCGGCCCCCUCGGGCUCUGGCACGCUCUCCUCCACCCCGCCGUCCACAUCUCCUGCGGCCAAGGAGGCCUCACCCACCCCACCCUCCUCCCCGUCGGUGAGCGGAGGCCUGUCCUCCCCCAGCCAGGGUGUCGGCGCCGAGCUGAUGGGGCUGCAGGUGGACUACUGGACGGCAGCACAGCCUGCGGACAGGAAGAGGGACGCCGAGAAGAAGGACCUGCCUGUCACCAAAAACACGCUCAAGUGCACUUUCCGGUCCCUCCAGGUCAGCAGGCUGCCCAGCAGCGGCGAGGCUGCAGCCACGCCCACCAUGUCCAUGACCGUGGUCACCAAGGAGAAGAACAAGAAGGUGAUGUUUCUGCCCAAGAAAGCGAAGGACAAGGACGUGGAGUCUAAGAGCCAGUGCAUUGAGGGCAUCAGCCGGCUCAUCUGCACUGCCAGGCAGCAGCAGAACAUGCUGCGGGUCCUCAUCGACGGCGUGGAGUGCAGCGACGUCAAGUUCUUCCAGCUGGCCGCGCAGUGGUCCUCGCACGUGAAGCACUUCCCCAUCUGCAUCUUCGGACACUCCAAGGCCACCUUCUAGCCCCACCCACCAAGGGGCCCACCUCCUGCCCCAUGCUGUGAGGGGCCCAGCUGCAUUUCUGUUAACAUUUCAGUUUACUACAGAGACAGACGCUUAAAACACAAAGAGAAACAGUCUUAAGUAUGAAUGUGCUCACAACGUGGAAACUAACGGGGGAGCUCCCGCCGGGAGCCGAAUAACUGCUCUGCUUAUUAACCCGAACGUUCGGCCCGGGGCUGGGAAGCCAGAAGGACGGUGCUGAGCCAUGGAUCGCGGAAGGCGUCCUCUGGCCUCAGGAGCCACCCAGAGCCUCACAGGCUGAGUUCUUGCCUCUGUGUCCUGUCCUUCCUGGAAGUCAGGACUCUGCUUCCCCAGGGAGCCCGGGGCAGGCGGAGCUCAGUGGCCACAGGCCGAGGGCCAUGGGGCCGCUCAGUCCCGUUGGGGGUGUCCUGAGUUGAGCCUGGGGGGGCCGUCCUGCCUGCCUAAGAGAUGCCCCCAGCACCGCACACUCGUGGUUCCCAAUAAACUCCUGCCUGCGGCGGAGGUUUUAUAGCAGCAGAUAUUUUUAAUGCUUUUCAAUACAUGUUCUAAUGUAGCUGCCAAACAUGUUGCUCUUCUGAAGUCCCCCUGGGGCUGGGCAGAGCCAGCAGAGCCUGCCCCCACUUCCCCAGCCCCUGCCCCACCCCGCCUCACACCUUCCCCACUCUCAGGCUGUUCUUGAAACACCAUGAGGCUUCUGCGUGUAGUCCCUGCCCCAAACUUAGCAAGCACAGGGGCCUCCACAGCCCAGGCGGCCCCAGAAAAUGUUCCAGAGCCCAGCUUGGUACAUAGUGAGAUGCUGCUGGGGUUGGCCUGAGGUGGGGGCCACUUCCUCCACCCCAGUGGGUAUGUCUAAGGUCAGCCAUGGGGGUAUCUGGGUUGAGAUUCAGGUUUUGGUGAAUAUGGGGCAGGCGUCCAGGUGUGUUUGUGUCACCUGCUGCAACGCUGUAGCCAAUGAAGAUUCCAGCGGGAUGGCCUGACCAGCGGGGCCGGCACUUUGGAGCCAUGGGUGCAGCCCGGUACCCCGUGCAGGGCGUGGGAGGCUCUCCAGGCCACAGUCCUCAGAGUGCAUUGGGUCCCAUGUUGUGUGUGGGUUCCAUGCCCUCCACACAGCAGGAGAGGGCCUCCCUGACCACACCUGCCUCCUCAGUCCUGCUUCUCCCCAGUAAGCCUGCACUCUGGGGUCUCCAUAGGAGGAGUUGGGGAAGCUGGGGCCCUCCCAGGGGCCCUGAUCGACCCUGGGGGCUCUUGGCCUGGUUUCGUAAGAUGGAGCACUGCAAAAGGCUAUGCUCAGAAAGCAAACGCAGGGCAGGGUGGGCCUCGAGCCGGGGCUGGAGGGGUCUCCACCCUUGCUGGCCUGAGAGAUGGCCCACAUUUCUUACUUGUGACCGCCCUGCUCUUCCUGGCCGCCACCCCCCCAGGUGGCUGAACAGGGUGAUUUUGUUGUGGUGAGGGGCCAGGAUGUGGCCUGGUGUGCAGCCUCAGCUCCCUGGGUUCAGGCCUCAGAGGUAGUCUGUGUGCAGGAGGCAGAGCCCCAGCCCCUCCCAACCAGAGCCCCUCCACACCAGGGACUCCUUCACCUGGGACCAGGAGCCUGGGGCACACUCCAGGGUGGGGGAGAGGGUAGGAAGGUCUCCCAUUGAAUCCUGGCUUCAGGCUCUGCCCCGAGAAGUGUCUGCGGUGAGGGUGUGAGCCCCGGGCUGAUGGCCUCUGACCCCGGCAACAGGUGGGACCCUGACCGACUCGUUCCAGCUGCCCCCAAGCUGGGCUGCAGAGCGUCUGUUUUUCUGCUCUCCAGUUUCUUUUCUUUUCUUUUUUUUUUUUUUUUUGAGAUGGAGUCUUGCUCUGUUGCCCAGGCUGGAGUGCAGUGGCAUGAUCUCAGCUCACUGCAGCCUCCGUCUCCCAGGUUCAAGCAGUUCUCCUGCCUCAGCCUCCCGAGUAGCUGGGAUUACAGGCGUGUGCCACCACACCUGGCUGUUUUUUUGUAUUUUUAGUAGAGAUGGGGUUUUGCCAUGUUGGCCAGGCUGGUCUUGAACUCCUGACCUCAAGUGAUCCACCCGCCUCGGCCUCCCAAAGUGCUGGGAUUACAGGCGUGAGUCACCGCGUCCUGCCGGCUCUUCCAGUUUCUUUCCCAAGGGUCACACUCAGUAGGGAGAUGAAGGUGGAAACAUCCUUGCUGUGGCUUUCUGGCCUCAGAGCAGGUUUUAGAGGAAGGGGCCACAGGCUGCCUAGUGCAUCCUGGCUGUGGGCAGCCCCUUUCCUGGAGCCCUCCUGCCUACCCCGUACCUCCCAUCUGGCUGCACAGCUCCAUCCUUACCCACGCAAGGGGAGAACAUGGGCAGAGUCUCCAUCCAGCAGCUGGGGGUUCUGGUGGCACUCCCUGUGCCCCUGCUGCUGCUGGGCUGUGGGUCUGCCCUGCACCCAGGAGCCCCACGGUCCAUCCCCCACACCAUGCCCAGCACCAGGGAGGUUGGGCAGACAAGACCUGGGCCAUGCCAGCCCUCUGUGCCUCGGUUUUCCCACUGGUUACACAGGAUGGUCGCAUUUUCCCUGCCUACCUCACAGAGCUGUUCUGAGGGUGCAUGGAGGAGCACUCUGUUCCACCAAGGACAACUAGAAACCAAAGCCAUCUGACAGCCAGUGCGGUAAGGGCGGGGGAUGUGUGUGUGAGGUGUGCACACCCCCCGAGACCUUGGCCCUGGACUGGCCUCACAGGACAGGAGGCAGCCCCUUGUAGAGCUAGGGCUCAGCCCCAUCAGUCUCAAAGGUUAAGCCACCAGUCACCACUGAGGCACCCCUCAGGCCUGGUGGCCACUGUCCACUAUUACGUAGACAGACCCCACCCUCACCCAGGCCAGCUGUGGGCCAGUCCCGCCCUGCAAUCUGGUCUGCUGCCUUCCUCUUCCAUGUUGGUCCCCUUGGCCACUGUCUCUGGGCACGCAGGCCAGUGUCCUGGUUCAGUGCCUCGGCCAGAGCUGGGGCAGGAGACGGGCCUCUGGGUGAGAGCUGGGGGUGUCUCUGCAGGGUACUGGCAGCCUUGCCACACUGUCCUCAUUCCCAGAUGGAAAGACCUGAGUGCCUCUCGCCUUCCUCCGGGAAUGAAUUCCUCAUGAAAAUGACCAGGCCACUUCUUCCGAGGGCCAGGCCGCCCCCUCCCCGAGACCUGUCCUGUCAUCCGCGGGUGUGUGGCCUGUAGGGGACUGAGAGCUGGGCUUGCUGGGCACCUCUGGAAUCUGACCCUGUGGGCCAAAGAAGCACCACUGUAGUUUCUGCAGACCCCCAUGCGGUUCAUUGUGCAUUGUUUGGUUUCUAGGAUGUAUGUGUUGCUAGUUUUUUUUUUAAUGAAACCCGGGAUUAAUGUAAAUAGCUUUUUGGGGAACGGAUUCUAAUGUCACGUAUGUGACCGUGUGGACUAUUUCAAGGUGCUGAUGCAACACUAAUAAACCUGGAGGGGCCGGC